UUCAGUUUCAGUAUUUCUUUUCUUUGAUUUGGGCUAAUUGAUGGUUAUAAGUUUGGCUUUUACUGCUUGUUGAAAAAAUGUACAGUCAUUGCGCUGUACUGGAAACGAGUGCAAUCAAUGCCACUUUUAUAAUUGGAUUUUGAAAAAUUUCCAAAAAGGUUUUUUUUUUGAUUCUAUAAAAAGAGUGCUCUUUGUGUUUUCAUUGAGUGAUAUACAUGACAUCAGAACAUUCAAUUUUCCAUUCAAGCUGUUAUCAUUGUUAUCUGUCGCCUGUGAUGGGGAUGAUAUCACGUCAGAAAAAUAAAAUUCUAACGUGAAAACUCUGAGAGAUCGUCAUCAGUGUUAUCACUCACUCAACACGUACCUGUGAUAUCAAUUUUAUUAGUAUGUUAGUGUCCUGUCUUUUAAUGAACGGUUCCGUGAUUAAUCCGCAUAUUACUAAACUAUCAACCUAUUGAGAUAACUAACAGGUCAUCCAGUCUUAAUUUGGUGAAAUAGAAAUUGUUUGUUUGUAACCUAUGCAUGUUGCCUUCACCCAUUGCGUGGCUUAUAGAUAAUGAAACCGGUAGUGCAUUUAAUUCUAUGAAACUUGGAAAGUGUGUAGGAAUUUUUACGUAUUCGCUUACGUUUUUAUUCCACUUAAGGUUAAUUGUUGACAAUUGAGUAUUUUUUCAUCAAUGGGGGAACGUUUUCUACUAAUAGAGCUCCCUGAGGAAUGGAUUGUUAGUUUUCUAUUGCCUCAAUUGUGUGGGAUUUAGAAAAAUAAACUAAAUUUAGCGUAAAAUACUCUGUUCUAACUUCACACCUGAAAUUGUGACGUAGUUGUGUUGUGAAUGUGAAAUAGGGGUAGGAGGUUAUUGUUGAAAUUAUCCACUGAUUGCGUCCGCGGGAAUCUAACUGAAAUCAGUUCGCUUCAAAUCUAAUAAUUAAUAAUCACGCAAUUAAAGGUUUGACGCUCUUGAUUUUUCAUAUUUAAACCAAGCUCUCGAUUCUUCGAGCAUCAGUUCACUAAGUACUCCACAAGUAGUAUAUUCAGUGUCAUCUGAAAUUUGGUUCUAACCUUUAAACGAACCUAACUUUUUGAAGUUGCAACUAUGUUCGCCAGUUCUGCAAGCUCUGCACUUUUUCUCCUCGUCGUAUGCCCUGUGGCCAUACUCAGCAUGCCGGCCGGGAACUCGCCAUCAUUGUCAUUGGAUGAUAUACCACUUCCUGCGGUUGCGAAUAGGUUGACCAUGAUUCACUUGAGUGGCAACAACACCAUUUGUCCCUUCUCCGUCAAGGAAACCAGAACUGAAGGAUUUCCGGCAAUCGUUAUGGAAUACAGUUGCAUCAAGCAGCAAACCACCUCAAGCGCUGAGGGCAGCAGCUCAGGAAAAUGCAAGAAGGACCACGAAUGCGUGCAAGGCCUCACCACCAUCAUGAUCCAGAUGCCGAACAACCCCAUCCCAUCGCCAAGGCUCUUCAACGCCGGCUGCUUCUGCCACAAACAGAACUCAGAAACCCCCUUCAUCAUCCCGCCUCCCACCAAGUUCAACUAGACUGAUGAUAACACGGAAACCUCGACAACACUGAGCUGAAUAACUUAUAUUGGAGGUAGUUUAGAUCCACAUUGAACUGUCAGCAUUUGUUGAAGGGUUGGGGGUUUGCGUGAUCUGUUUGGAAUGCUGAUAGUUUAGAGUAAAUUUCACGAUUGCACCAAUUUAGUCAGAAACGUCCCCUCUAAUUUUUUUAAUGGAUUUUUAAAUACUUGUCCUCAGUUUAUUGCCAACCUAACAAGGUAGGCAGCACCUUAAGCUUGUUUGGGAAUCAUCCUCAUCUACCGAACAAAAUUAGAAGGUACUCGGGUAUGACAUUACAGUAGCCAUGACCACUCCUACCUCCCGUAGCUAUUUAGUUCAGUGAGAUAAAUAAUUGGGAAAAACAACAGAUUUCUGGAUAUCUCUAUUUGUAAACCUCUAAUUAAGGAUGUAAUAAGGUUGUGAUUGUGAUCUAAAAUGUAUAUAGAAUUAUAAUAAUGUUCAUUCCAUUAAAGUUCCUUUAGGCGAUCGUUGUAGGGUAGUGAUUGUAAAGUUAACUGCUCUUUGCGGUUUCGGGUUCGAUUCCCGAUCUAGCCUGGCAUUUUUGUACAGUCAUCAUCAUCAUAUCAUCAUUUUAAUCGCCAACUCAUGAACUCACACUUGUAUUAUGGUGCUAUGUAUAUACCAUGAAAAAUGUAAGAAUAAUUGUUCUUCAAUUUGUGUGAAAAUGUGUAAUAAAUAAGUAAUCGAAUUGCCAUUGAGUAUGUUGUUGAUUUAUCCACCUGAAUUACCAAAUAGUCCAGGAAGAUUUGAAUAUUAUUAAUGACUAGCUCACCUAGAGCAAAACCAACAAACGGACUUGAGGCAAUAAAAAGUUGAAUAGAGGUGUCAUCUCGCACUUCUUUCAGUGCAAUUUCAAAGUUUUUUUUGCAAAAUAAUUCUUAGGAACAUCAAAAAUCACCGAUAACGUUUCGA